AUGUUAUCUGCAUUACUUGUCGUAGUGCUCAUUCCGAUUGCUCAGACUUUCAUCCCGGACUCAUCUUUAUUCGAUGCUUAUGGUCUCAAACUUGCUGCAAAUGAUGCUCUUCUAGUUGAAGCUAUUAAUGCGAAUUCUGCAUUUAUUCUACGUUUCUCUCCUUUCGAUUAUUCUUUGACUUGCACAAUAGCUUACAAUGAUUCAAAUCAAUAUAUCUACGCUGUAGCACUUCAAUCGCAAACUACAUCUAACGAUAGUACUCGUUUUGUGUUCAUUGGCGUAAAUGAAGAAACAGAUGUGCCAUUUAUCGGCUCGUUAACGUACACGGGCGUGUCAGUAACGACAUACAUAGCAGCGGCAGGCAAUUCGACACGUCGAGGGAAAUUCCCCUGUACGGGAUGGCAAAAAAGUAAUUACCGUAUUCAUUCUUUGAUGGAUCUUGCUAAUGAUCUUGAACAAACUGAUACAAAUAGUUUUUUCGUUGUCACUGUGGCGUCAGAUGGUAGAUACGCCUAUGCAUUUACAAAUACUUUUCUGAUUAUUUAUGAUCUCGAUCAGGAUAUUAUUAGCACUCAACUUGGCAAUAUCACCUGGCUAGAUACAUCGUUCCUUCCACGAGCUGUUGACAUCAGCCAGAAUUCGCUUAUCAUUGUUCUUGGGUAUAUUGGAAGUUCCGAUACGAAAUAUACACCGUGUGCGUAUUUACUGAAUGUAAUCAAUUUGAUUUUGACUGUUAUGGACGCAUGGACAUAUACACCAGCAACAAAUACAUCAUGGCAAGCUAGUCUGACAAAUUGGGAUGCUGAUAUCUAUGCGUCGAAAUACGAUUUAUCUGUCAGUUGGGGCGCAGCUGGCGAUAGAGUUCUCUUCGGCCUUCAAAUCAUGAAUACGAUUGUAUUAGUUAGCGUCAAUCAAGUAAAUCAAAACUUUGAUUCAGCAUAUCAAACAUUAUCAAAUGGAAAAGCGGUUGGAAUGGGCAAAGCAGUUGGUUGGCUCGAUUUCGACUUAAUUAUAGUACUCGUAAAUACAUAUUCGUUCAAUUAUAUUUGGUCAUCUUCACAAGUCAUCGUGUAUAACGUCAGUAAUAACAUUACUUUCACUGUUCUAUCGAUUUUCCCCAAUAUUCAACAAACUCUAUCAGAUACAUUUGGUCCCAUUAUUCUCUCAUUCGCUAUAACUCAAAAUGGAACAGUUGCUCUAUUGGAUUCUCUAGGCAAUUAUUACAUUCUUUUGCCUUCGUCGGCUGGUUCAUUUUCUGACACCAGCUCAGGAACAUGUUCAUCACAAACAGCAUGUAUUGCUGGUACAUUCGCUUCAGAAUUCGGCAUUUCACCAUGUUCGCUCUGCCCAUCCGGCACUACAACAAAUGGUCUCACCAGCCAAUCGUCGUGUGUGUCGUGCAGUAACGAUAGUUUCUGUUCAUUAGGUGCAGCGUUUGGAGAUAUUAGUACGUCGUCGGCUCUUCUGACGAACAUCAAUCAAGCACGUGCUUAUCCUGUCUCUCCGCAAUCGAUUCGUUUCGAUAAUAUUCUCAUCGAAAACAUGUUUGCCAUUAAUUCGGAAUCAUCGAAUUGUUUAGUUCAUUCUCCACUUUUCUGGGCAUUGAUCGUCGUUGCCGUGGGUUUGUUUGUUUGGAUUCUUAUGUUCAUUUUCGAGCGAUACGUUAAGAAUCCACUAGGUAAGAAGACGCAUAAGCAAAUGAAACGGUUUUUUAAGAAAACAGAUCUGAUUGGCGAGGGAGAAAUGGUCAUCGGUGGUUUAUUUAGUUUUGCUAUAAUUGUUCUUGUUGUAUUUGCAUACACAUUCAGUACUCUCUAUUUUCAACGUUAUCCUAUCGAACAGGUCUACGAAGGUGCUUCUUUUGCCUGCGAUGAAUCAUUGACAAACGCACAAUUCAGCUCAGGUCUAAUGCCUAUUGGUAUUCCACCGGAUGAUAUUGAACAGCCAAUCUUCACCUUACUCGAUGCUCAACCAUUAAUCUUAUCUAUCGACUUUGUGAAUACGGUCUUCAACUGCACUGAUAUGACUGUUUCACAAAUUAAAGAUGUUAGCUUACAAAUGACACUCUCAUCUUGUAAUGAUAGUGCAAGUACCAUGUCUUUAUCGCUGGCUUUACCAUCUCAUGAUAUUAACCUUCAGAUUGCACUCACUGGUACGAACACGAUCGGUGCUUUUCGUCUUAGUAUUCAAGGGCCUGGCUCGGAGUUGAUGAAUACCACGUUUUCGACUUCAUACACACUUCAGGAUUUAGUAUUUUCGCAGGCAUUAUCUUACAAUGGCCGAUUGCUAGCACAACAGGCGUCGUGUACAUUACAACUUACAAAAAUCAUCAAUCGCACGUAUCCGUUAGAAGAAGAUGGCGAAACCAAAUUUAGCGGACUUUGGUUACCGACACUUUCGACAAGUGUGGAUAAUGUGUUUGUUGACGAAAACGAGUAUAAAUAUAGUACAAGCACCAGUACCGUUCUCUCGAUUGUUAUCAGUGAAACCUCGUCUUAUGUACUGAAUGUACAAAAACCAAUUACAGCUAAACAAGAACUUGUUUUUACUAAUCUUCUUUAUACAAUCGUAUGCUUGGAAAUCUUUGGCUUGGGUUUUCUAAUUUUCAAAUUGAUCGUCAUCCCAUUUUUCAAAUCGAUCAUACGCUAUUUUCGUCAACGUUGUCGAUCGGCGGCGAAUCAUUCGUCCUUGGACAAACCUACACUGACAGAACUAAACGAUAUUCAUCUAUAG